GUUAAUCGGUUAUCGAUUACAAGCUGAUACAUUUGCCCUUAACUAAUAGAAUUUGAGUAAUUUAAUAAUAUCAUAAAGACAGCAAAUUAGUUUCGUAUUUAACAAGUAUUCGUUAUGGAGAAUGAAUUUGAUUUUAGUGGAUGUGGUCCACUAAGUGCAGUGGUGCAAAGAGAUUCCUUGAGUAGUACUGGCUCUUCGGUAUCUGCUAGUAGCACAUCCAAUUCUACAAAGACGGCACUGAACGAUUGCUCUGUAGCAUGGAUAAGUUACCUCAACUCGCUAAAUAACUUGUGUUGUGCUGGAAGUAAAUUGAGUAGUACACUGACGGUACUGGAGCAAUGUGGACUUUUUGGAGACAAGACUACUAAGUCAUAUACUGAAAAAAGUUUUUUUCACAAUCACCCAUCUUCUUAUUUAACACACUACUGGAAUGAUUUAGCCAGAGCAACCGCAGUUGCCACAAGCACUGUAAAAGCGCAUAUUGUGGCAAUUUUGCAAGACUUCGUUGCAAUACCAUCAGCAUGUGAGCCGUCGAUAUGUGAAAUGGAACAGAAACGUAUAAGAGAUCAUAAUGAACUUAUAAUUAUGGAGAAUGCCCAAGCAAUGAUUAAUAUUCAGCAUCAAUUUUGUGCCGCUAGUUAUGACGCCUUUUCAUCUUUAACAUGUUGCUUUGUUUGCAAAUCACCUGUUGGCUUUCCACAUGAAGCUGAAUGCAUAAUGAUAAAACAAAGAUCAAACACUGAUCCGCGUUCUCAAACCCCUUCACCGAAUAUGGGUGGAGCUUACAAAGCGGAAACUUCUAGAGGUAACUCCAUAACGGAUCAGCGUCCACAUUCACAUGGUUCUUUAACUAGUCAGCAAUUAGAUCAACCAGCACACUCCAUGGACCAAAUUCGGGGAACGUCGCCGCUGCAGGCUAUUUUUGAAAAUACAAAAGGGCCGUUACCAAAUCCAGGGCACUUACUUGCUAUGAAGAGUCCUUUUUGCAGAGGUGUGAGAUCUCCAUUGAAUAUUCCCUUAUUUCCUUUAAACGGUCAGCGUAGAUGGUCUGAAGCCGCCGCAGGAGAGGUAAUAGAUGAUAAUACAACAGAUGUCGAAAAUCAAAUGAGACGAUGGUCUAUGCCAUGGGAGGCAGUCAAAUUUGAUAAAAACACAGUUACUUGGUAUCAAACCCGAAUAAUGCCAAUAAAUAACAUCAAUUUACUAAGCCACAAAAAGACAUGCGCUGACAGAAGCAUAUCCAACACACCUGAAUUAACUUGGCAAUCGUGUGCAGCCAGUCAUGAUGGAUUAACGGAAGCAAUUCAAUUACUGUCCUGUCGACCCUCAAAAGUCCAAGCUCCACUUUCACAAGGAUAUACAAAGCAACAUGGUGAUACACCAAAUACUGAUUAAAAAAAUUUUGUAAAAAAAAAUUGUAUAACUCUAUUAAUAACUUCAUAACUUAUUGUCGAACGUAAAGCAUUCUACGUCCAUAGAAAUUACUUAUACUAUAGGAGGUAUGCAUAACCGAGUGCGUUUGUAUCAGAUAUCUGCAAAGAGCUACUUGAAUUCCGAGUUACUUUACAGGAUACACUCCGCGAAAUUCAAUUAAAGACACCUGGAUUUUCCCUAAAAACUUUUGCAUAAAAACUCUAAAACGCAUAA